AUGCCAUUUUUUCUAGCGGGCAUCAAUUCCUUCCUUCGCUUCUCAUUAUCAAAUGAAAACGUCUUUUCGACUCGCACCCCGCUAGAUGCCACACCAAUUCCAUGGGAGGAUAUGGUUCAGGUGCCAUUUUGGACCUGGCAAAUAUAUCUUGACCUCCUCAUCGAAGUCUCAUCUCAAUCUUCACUCAAUUACAAAGUUACUACUAUGGCACCUAUCACCAUUACCAACUCAACCGGUGGCGAUAUCCAAGUCAGGAUCACUAACUACGAGGACCAAGGCUCGUCGGAUUUCUUUCUUAUCGCGUCAGGAGAGCCUUCGGUCUGGCAGCGAGACCGCAUCCAAUCGAUGACCGUCUUCAGAUCCGGCAAUCCAGUUCCGGAUGUCCUUAUCGUGAACCCUAAAGAGACGCACAAUAUCCAGUAGAUGCAGUUGGUGACGGCGCAGAGUGUUCUUAGUACGAUGUGUUCAAGUUGUGUUGUACAACAGAGUUGGAAGUUGGAAUCACAAGUGGUAUCGCGGGACUCGUACUCUGCGUUUCGAUCUGAACAUCAAAUUGGUAGUGCUACGACAGAGGUUUCGGUCCCCAACAGGAGACGAAAC